GAGGGAGGCAGAGAGAGAGAGAGAGAGAAGCCCGAUUCUCUCUAACCCGCUUCGAUCGUGAUCUCUCACGGCACGGUGGCACUCGGUUUGGGCCACUGCCACUCCACUCCACACCAUAUCCAGAUCCCAGGCAAGGCGCGGCAACCGCUGGGCGGCCCAGUCGUGUGUGGAACUCGGCGUCGAUCGGUUGGACAUUUUGCAGUUGGCUCCGGAGCUACAUAUGUACAUACACCCAGAGUGAUCCUCGCUUGCUCUUUUUCGAAACGAAUCGAAAGAAACCGAAACGAAACUGCGGCAAAAUCGCACACAUAAAGACACACCGCACCACACACAACACACAUAUUAUAUAAACAGAAGAUCUACCCAGAACACACCUUACCUUAAUGCACACACAAACACCGCCUCACUAUAAAUAGCCCGCGGAAAUCGGUAAAUAAAUAAAAAUCGGAAAAUCGGAAAGCGGCAAAGUAAAAGUUCUACGGGGGAAAUCUAAUUGCGACUUUGCGAAAAAGUUUCAUAGUUGCUGCACAAAAAUCGGAUUAUAAUGGGAGAGUCACAACGUAAUUAACACACACACACAAACAAACACACACACCUACUACUACGGUAUCCACCUGAAAGAACAGUUAAUUAACGAAAUCAAACUGCAAAGUGAAAUGCUGUCGAGAUGUGUCUUCUUCGUCACCUGGCUGGCGGCGGUCUUGAUAGCGACUGGAAGGAGUGAAGACGAUCAGUCGAUGAAGCUACCCGCCUGUGCCGCCAAGCAGGGCGAAUGCGAUGAUAACGAGGGUCCCGUCUGCGGCACCGAUGGCCAGACCUAUCCCACCAGGUGUCACCUGCUGCGGGCGCAGUGCGGUGGCCACCAGGUGAGCCUCAAGUACCACGAGUCCUGCAAUGCCUGUUUGGAGGCGGUGAAAUAUGCUCGAAGGCAGCAGGCUCGGGAUCCAGAUUACUUUGUUCCUCGCUGCCGGAAGGAUGGUAACUAUGCGGCCAUGCAGUGUUAUGGCAAGACAGGACCCUGCUGGUGCAGUGACAGUCAGGGCAGGCCCAUUGAGGAUACCUCGACGCCAACGCGACGGGGUAAGCCCCGUUGCCGAGCCUAUAGGCGCAAUCGUCGUCGCCUGGCCUCGCAUCAGAUGCGCUAUAGUCCGGAUACCUCUGCUGCCUCCAAGGGCAGCUCAGAGUCGGGAGCUGCUGGUCAUCGACCUUGCAGCAAGACGGAUCGGUCCAUGUUCAAUGCCAAUCUGAUGCGUAUGUUCCGCAACGAGGCCCAGAGCUUCCUGCGACAGCCAUCGCUUUCGGAUGCCGCCAUCCUGGAGUGGAAGUUUGCCAAACUGGACACGAAUGGGAAUCAGUUGCUGGAUCGACAGGAGGUGAGGGAGCUCAAGAAGGUCCUGAAGAGGAAUAUAAAGCCGCGUCGCUGUGGCAGGACCUUUGGCAAAUACUGUGAUGUCACCAAGGACGAGAACCUCAAUGGACUGGAGUGGAGUAUAUGCUUUACCAAUAAGUUGAACAAUCGUAGUGCCGUUGUUACCCUCCUGGCCAGCAGCAGUGCAGCCACCGCUCCGCCGCAAUCCACCCAUUACCAUGUCCACAGCACCUCCACCAAAGCCAAUGGCAAUCAUCGCGAUCAUACCAACACCAAUAUCAUUGGGAGUGCCAGCGGUCAUCAUCCGCACACUUACACCGAGGAUGUGAGUGGCAGUGAGGAUAACGAGGAUAACUACGAGGACGCUGGAACGGGCUAUGGCGGCGAGGAGGAUGAAUCGGAUGGAGGGGAUCUGCCCAACUCACGUAGCCACAUCCCAUCAUUAUAUAGGCAGAAUAGAAUGUAUGUUAACGCGCAUAUCUUGACAGUGCUGAACUCCAAGCCGGAAACGACGAGCCAGGAUACUGAGAGUGAGUCCAACUGCUGGAUGGAUCAAUCUGUGGCUCUGGAAGAGCAAGGGCAUGGUGGCAAGUUAUUUGUACCUCAGUGCCUCCCCGAUGGUCGCUAUCAGCGUGUCCAGUGCUAUACCUCCACAUCCUACUGCUGGUGCGUCAACGAGGAUACGGGCAAGAGCAUUCCAGGGACAUCGGUGAAGAAUAAGCGACCUCAGUGCGAAGAGGAUGUGGUGGUGCGUCCCAUGAAGGGUUGCACCGAGCCGCGAAAGACACAGUUCCUCCGUGAGCUAAAGGCCUUCCUCAACACAUCACUCCUGCCCAGCAGCACCACAGCCGCAAAUUCCACCUUGUGGAAAUCGGAGGAUGAAAGGAUUGCCACCUUGAGCUUUGUCUAUCUGGACAAGAAUAAGAACAAGUCCUGGGAGCGACGAGAGUGGAAAGUCUUUCGCGAUCUGGUCACAAGUGCCAGCAAUCUACGCAGAUGUGGCAAGAAGAUGCCCAGAUACUGUGACAUCAAUGGCGACAAGAAGAUCUCGCUGGCCGAGUGGCUCAACUGCCUCCAGGCGUCACCGCGGGAGAGUGCCACCACUGUCAAGCCGGCGGCACAGUCAAAUGAGACGGCCAGUCCGAAACGCCAGGGAUUUAAUCCGCUGGAGCGAUAUCUGAAAGAUUAAUUAACCGGGAAAUCUGCUGUUUACUCACUUACUCAUUAGAUGUCGUUGUGCCAUGUCACACACACCACACACACGCAAACACAACAAAAACUAAGGGUGAAUCGAUAUGCUUUGGACUAGUAAGGAUAUCAAGGUCCUGGGGCAAGAAUUCCUAUUCAACUCAAAAUUUGUAUUUUGUUUGUUUUUUUCAAAAGAUCCUCAUUAAAUUAAAU